AUGGCUACAGAGGGCGACGCCGAGCUGCAGGCGCUCAUGGCUGUGCUGGCUUCCUCGGGCGCCGCGGCGGUAGCGGAGACGGCAUCAGCUGCAGGUGGAUCGGCUCAUGCGCGGCGGGCACGGAUCGAAGCUCUGCGGGCGGCACUAGAAGCAUCAAAGACAUACGAGGCCAUCCUCCGCGAGCACGUCUCACGGAUGGAGCUCGCCCGCUCCCGCAACCUGACCAUGACCAAGAUCGUGGAGAAGUUGCCCGAUGUCAUCCGCGGCUCGCUGCCGGUGUCGCUGGACAAGGCCAUUGCCCCACUGCACGCCGGUGGUGCUUCGGUCCAUGGCUUUGAGGAUAGCCGCGGGAGCAAGCCGCCCAAGAACGCGGAUGCUGCCCGCAAGGAGAUGCUCCGCGGCGUCCGCCCCGACUAUGCUGUCGCCGCAAAGUGGAAGCCGACCGAGGAGCGCGAGCUUCGCGCCGCCAUCCGGCAGCAUCUCCGCCGCGCCCUCUCCUCGGCCCUCUUUGACCGCUACGAAGAGCAGAUCACCCGCAACGAGCCCGAGGCCCUCGCCGCCGUCACCUCGCAGCUCGAGGACAUUGGCGUUAUGUCCGACAACGAGCUCCUCUCCCGUGCAGGCUCUAUCAACUGGGCCGACGUCCACAUGGACCAUCUUCCUGGCCGCACUGUCGCUGCCGCAGAAAUCUACUGGACCAACGUUCUCCACCCUCACAUCAACUCGUCUGCAAAGUUCUCCCGCCGCGACGACGAGCUCAUUCUCGAGCUCGUUGGCCAGCACACAGAUCGCAACUGGGAGCUCGUUACUCGCCUCUUCAAUGAGCGCUCGACGUCACCCGGCAUUCGCAAGCCGUGGCAGCUCCUCACCCGCUACCAGAGCGCGCUAUCGGCCUCGCACACCCGUGCCCAAUGGUCGCCCGAGGAAGAUGCCGCCCUCCAGGCCGCCAUCGCCCGCUUCGGCACCCGUAACUGGAACCGUGUUGCCACCGCAGUCCUGCAGCGCAACGGCCAGCAGUGCCUCCACCGCUACCACAAAGUUCUCGCCGCUGCAAACCUCAAGGGUCGCUGGUCCAUCGAAGAGGACAUCAUGCUCUCCAUCGGCGUCAAGGUCUACGGCGCCGGAAACUGGUUCAAGAUCCAGUCGCUUGUUCCCUUUCGCACCGACGUCCAAGUCCGCGAGCGCUGGGCAAACUGUCUCGACCCGGCCAUCCUCUACUCAGACUGGACACCCGACGAGGACCGUCGCCUCCUCUCCGCAAUGCACGACGUGCCCGAUGGUCACGCUGUGCCGUGGGCGAAGAUUGCUGCCGGCUUUCCCGGCCGCACUGACAACCACGUCGUCCGCCGAUUCCUCAAGCUCACCAACCAGACCGUGCGCUCCAAAAAGGCCAUCGUCGUGAACAAACCCGCCAUCGCCGCCUUGCUACGCGCUUUGGCCUCAUCCUCCGCCUCGUCGCCGUCGCCGACUGCUUCUUCCGUCUCCUGCCCCUCACUCACCGCCUCGGCCUCCUUUGCCAAGUUCCCUGCCGCGCCCGUCACUGCUGACGAGCUGCACCAGGUUCUUCGCUCCUUUGCGCUUGUCCCCUUCCCACGGGCCACGCCACAUCUCGACAUCCCCACCUCGCUCCAUGCCCUCCCGCCCAACCUCGCCAACCUUGAUGCCCUGUACAAGCUUUGUUACGCGGUUGCCGACACCGUCCCCGACCCAGAGCUCGAGGACGAGUUUGACAUCGAUCCACCGCCAGCUUCUGCCCUUCCCUCGCCAGACUCGAUCUGGGAAGACGACACUCGCCUCCAGCUCUUGCGCGCUUGGUUUCUUGCUCUCUUCGCCGCUCCAUUUACCAAUGCCGCCGCGCUUGCGCGCACCGAUUCGGCCGCAACGCACGUCCAGUCCCCACAGCAGUCGUCUCCGCUCGCGCGCAGCCGUCGUCGUCGCCGCAGAUCGCCGUCGCCGCCGCGCUCAACGCACGCGACGCACGCGACGAGCGAGCCAUCCAGCGAAUCCGCGCGCUCGGGGCGUGCCAAGCGCCAAAAGCGGGCAUAGCUGCUCCUCGUAAAGCACACGCUACUUGC